AUGACCCAGUUCUGCGACAAGAUGAUUGAGGUUUUCCUCCAUGAGAAGCCCCAGUCGAAGGAUUGGAGGAAGAUACUGGUCUUCAGAGACGAGUGGAAGAAGUACCGGCAGAGCUUCUACAAUCGGUUGCAGGUCCGUGCAGACACCGAAAAGGAUGCCACCAUAAAGCAGAAGCUGGGUUCUCUUGCCAGGAAGAUUAGAAAGGUAACUUGCUAUCCCUUGUUAUGAAUGCCGAAACAGUUUUUCUCCUGCAGCUUCCGAUUAUGAAGAGGUUCUAGGUCGUCGAUUUUCAACUGCUUUUUUAUUUUUAAAACUAAUGGGUUUUGAUUGGUUAGAAACAUGAAGAAUACGGUCUGAUGAUUUCACUUAGGGGCAUCCCGUUUGUUGAUUCUGGUGUUGGCUCGUGGUGGUGCCAUUUUGCAGGUUGAUGAUGAGAUUGAGGUGUAUACUGAUCUUGUGGAGGAGAUUCAGCAAAACCCAAUGGAUAUCGACGCUAUUGUGGCAAAACGGCGAAAGGAGUUCACUGGUGAAUUCUUCCGCUACAUUAAUACCCUCUCAGAGACCUGUGAGAGCCUGGAAGAUCGAGAUGGUAAUCAAUCAAAGCUCUUGCUUUUAUCGAAUGGCUGCUUCUCUCUCUCUCUCUCUCUCUCUUAAAUCUGAAACUGAAAAAGGGGCAUAGUAGAACAACUAUUCAGCUGCAAUAGCAUGAUCACUUCUAAAAGGCAACAUAUUUUUGCACCUCUGCAUCUCUUGUUCCUAUUGCAUUUUCAGAAUUGUUCUUCAUGAAUAAUCGAAAAUGACUCGUAAAUUCUCUUAUAUUCACCGGAGAUCAGCAAGACCCACAUUUCUCUCAUGUGAUUCGCGUGCAAAACACCUCUUGAACUCCCAUUCUCUUAUAUUCUCUUGGGCAGCAAUGGCACGGUUCGGGACUCGAUGCUUAUCUGCAGUCUCAGCCUACGAUAAUGCGAUUCGAAGUCUCCAAGAACUGGAAGGUGCCCAGUCAAAGUUUGAUGACAUCUUGAACUCCUCUUCCUUGGAAGUCGCAUGUGAAAAAGUAAGGAGCCUUGCCAAAGCCAAAGAGCUCGAUUCGUCACUUAUUCUGUUGAUAAACCAAACUUGGGCUGCUGCAAAAGGAUCCAAAACGAUGAAGAGUGAGGUAACAGACUUCCAACAUCUGUUAUAAGUAUUAUCCACCUAAUUACUAUCAAACUGCAUUGCUCUUUUUCACUUGUAGGAUUAAGCUGUGGGGUUGUCUUUCAGUUGUUUUUUGGUUACUAGUUACUAGUUACUUCUCAUAUAUUCAUAUCUACAUGAUUUUGUGCAUUUAUAGACUUGUUGCCUGGAUAUGGUGGUGGGAAGCAUUGCUUCUCUGUAGAUCCUAGGGUGCCUUGUGUGUCGGCAAAUGCUUCCUCGCUUCCUCGUUUCAUACUACCAGGUCAAUUUAUGUUUCUGCUCUUGCCAUCUUGGAUCUGAUAUUUUGUCUGGGUGAGAGACAUAAAAAUAGAGUAGGCUGGUUUUAGUUCAAAUAAUUGGCGAUAGUUUACUCACCCACAUUUUAUAAGAUAAUGAGACUGGACUGAAAGAGAGUUCGUAUCCAUACCUAAAUCUCCAGACCGCCAUUCAUAACCCAACUGAUAAACAGGUCUUCCUCACCGCACUGGCCAUUCUAUCAGCAUGUCAUGACUGAACAUCUUUGAUCUCCUUUGAGAUACGGAUUAGCUCUCUGAAGUUUUUGAUCCUUGCUUUUAUCUUUCCUUUUUUGCCACUACUCAUAGCUUAGUGCUUCUCAUCUCGUGCUUGAUCACAUCUUCUUCAGUGUACAUUCAGGGCUAUGAUUUAGGGUAUCUCCAUGGAUUUUCACAACUUUCAUUAACCUACGCCCAGAUUCUGUAUUUAACGUUUAUUUUCUGGAUUAGAAACGAAACUUUCGUGUAGCUUUGUUCCUAAAGUAGUUGUAGCUUUCUGUGAAGCUGGCAUCAUCUUCAUUUCUUUGCAUCACACCUCAAGAAGCAAGUCGAUCAGAUAUUCCUUCCGACAAGGAGCAAGCAGAAAAGUCCUGGGGUUUUUAAGAUCAUAAUUCCAUUCACCAACCCAAUCUCGAAGAAUUGAUGAAGAUCGUUCAGUUCCUAUAGAACUAUAACUCAAGUACCCCGGGCGAUGAGAAAUUCUUUGUAAACUGCAGUUCCCGUGCUUGUUGAGUAAUCUGUGUUCUGUACUUACUAGGGGAAUGAUAGGUGCUCACACUGUGCUACAAACUUUUGCAGACGAAGGAGAUUAUGCAUCAGAUAUAUAAAGCUACGCAGAAGAGCCUCAAGAACAUUGCACCACCUGAGAUUAAGCUGCUCAAGUACUUGCUGAACAUCAUAGAUCCUGAAGAGCGAUUCUCGGCGCUGGCAACUGCUUUCUCUCCUGGAGAUCAGCGGGAAGCCAAGGAGGCUGGUGUCAUCUACACGUAAGCUCUUUCCCCCUUUGUCUAUCUGUUCCACAAAAGAUUAUGUGCCUUGAAUGUUCUUUCUUGUCAAAACUCAAAUCUUUCGGAUCUGGGUCACUUGGGAAUCUCGAUUGGUUGUUCAAUCGAGCAUCGCAUGAUCUUCGUCUUUGCGUACAUCGACCUUAAUUGUCUUUCUUUGCCGAUUUUUCUGCGAGCUGUCCGGAUGAUUGAUAGUUGUCUUGGUCCUGUGUUACGGAGGGCAGCACGCCCAAGGAGCUGCACAAGUGGAUAAAGAUAAUGCUGGAUGCCCACCAGCUGAACAAGGAGGAGACGGAGAUGAGGGACGCCAGGAGCAUGGCCGAUCCAGUGGUCAUCCAGAGGCUUUUUAUCCUUAAAGAAACAAUCGAGGAGGAGUACUUGAAUCGGCAGGCAAACCAGGAUGCACCAGCGGAGUCCAACGAGUGA